CCUAGCGAGGUCGAGAUUCUGAAGUCGUUACCACAGCACGAAUCUAUCAUCAGCAUCCUCGCCUACCUGCCCAAGUCGUCAACGCUACAAGGAGAUGCCACCGUGUUUGACUUCUGCCCGUUUGGAGACCUUUUCGAGCUAGGGAAGGACAUGUGGCAGAAGAGCCGGGAAACCUUCAGCGAGGAAUGCAUAUGGUCAAUCUCCAGCCAGCUCUCAGCGGCUAUAGCCUUUCUCCACGAAGGCAUCGCAUGUCGCAAACCGAAGGAUAGUCUCAACUGGCGCCCAAUAGUUCAUCGCGACAUCAAGCUGGAGCAUGUCUUCGUCAUGUCUCUCGGAGAGAAACAGAAACUUUCCGAAAUAACCAUAAAGCUGGGCGAUUUCGGCUUGUCGGCAUACUACGAUCCGUCCCAAGCGCGAAUGCCGGGCUGGUUCGGAACGCCAAUGAUGUGGCCGCCGGAACAGACCUGGGAAGGGCGCGAGGCCAGACCGGCUGGCGAGGUAUGGGCUACUGGGAGCGUCAUCCACGAAAUUUCACAUGGCUUUCCACCGGUCGUGAACCCGCAACUAACGAAAUCACUGCUGAAGGACAAGACAGGGUAUAUGCACUCGAUGUGGGAACAAGAGCUCCAGAAGCGAUUUUGGGAAGCCAUGUCGGAACGUAAGCCCCUACCGAUCAACCUUGACUCCCAUGAGCACGAUUUGAGGAGGAUACGACCAACUCCCAAGUAUUCGAACGAGCUCAACGGAUGCAUGUUGGCUGCGUUGGACAUGAGCAAGGAGAAGCGACCGACAGCGGGUGAGCUCACAGCGAUGGUAGGGGAACAUCAUGCAGCGUUUCUAUUCCACAAGAUGAAAGUUGAGAGUGAUGGACUCAUAGCUGGAAGCGAGGCUCUUCUUCUGGAAGAGACGGGGUUGGAAGCAUUGACGUAG